UUAUAAGAGUGUUGCAGGAGGAGAACGACGAUGAUGAUGAUGAUGAUGUGGAUGAUGUGGAUGAAACUGCUGACAUUGAUCCUCCUCUUGUAGAAACAGAAGAUCAAGAACCCUCUCACCCAUCAACUUCAUCCAAUUUGCAGUCUUCAUCCAGUUUUCCAUUUGACAAAAGAAGCUUGAUUUGGAAAAAAAGGAAUCUGGUGUAUGACACAGAUAAAAUUACUUUCUUGGGGAGUUCUACUGCUUCAGGUGGUCUAUCACACCUAGAAACCCCAUAUCAAUGUUUUAACCAUUUUAUCACUGAAGAUUUUAUCAAAACAUUAGUAGAGGAGACAAAUUUAUAUAUAAUACAGAGUAAUCCCAGUUCAUCUAUAACAUUUACAGAAUAUGAUUUGUAUAAGUUCUUUGGUAUAUUAUUGUACAUGUCAGUAAUCAAAUUUCCUAGCACAAGAUCAUACUGGUCGCCAAAGUUUGGAUAUGAGCCCAUUUCUUCAACAAUGCCACUGAACAAGUUUGAGAAAAUAAAGUUAUCAUUACAUUUUAAUAACAAUGAUCUUCACAAACCUAUAGGUCAUCCAGAACAUGACAGGCUUUAUAAAAUCCGCCCUGUUAUCAAGCAUCUCAAUGAGAGGUUUGCCACAGUGCCAAUGAAUCAAAUACUUUCUGUGGAUGAACAGAUGUGUUCUACCAAAAUAGGGCAUUUUUUAAAGCAAUAUCUGCCUAAGAAGCCCCAUAAAUGGGGCUUCAAAUUAUAUGUUCUCUGUGAUUUGAUGGGAUAUGCCCACAAGUUUGAGGUAUAUUCUGGACAAGAGAAUACAGAGAAGCUCACAGAUGAACCAGAUCUUGGUGCAACAGGAAAUGUUGUAGUUCGUUUGCUUCGAGGAGUGCCAAGAAAGCAAAACCAUAUCAUAUACUUUGAUAAUUUUUAUACCUCUUUGCCAUUGGUAGUUUUUUUAGCUAAAUCAGGAAUUCACACAGUGGGAACUGUGCAACAAAACAGGAUACCAAAUAAUAAACUUCCAGAGAAGAAAAAUUUCAUGAAAAAAUCUGUGCCCAGAGAAAGAGGUGAACCUAAAAAGAGUCUGCUUACAAUGGGCCAAUUCAGAAAUGAAUUGGCCUUUGUGCUAUGCAACAGAGGAACCACCAAAGAAGCUAAAAGAGGGCGUCCUAGUACCAGCGUACUAGAAGAAGAAUUACAAUCAAAAAAAAGAAAAGGUUCUCCAGCUCCACCACCUCCAAAAGACAUAAGAAAAGAUGGUGCUGAACAUUGGCCAAAA